UCUAAAAACAAAGUUGAUAUAAUUCAAGUAAAUUAAUUAAGUCAAAACUUAAAAAAAAAGAAUCACUGCAAACAAAAUUCAAUGCAAAAAUCCUCAAAAAUAAAUAAAAUUCCAAUAACCAAAAAAAAAAACAAGCAUUGGAAUACGUUUAACACUUUCGUAACUUUCCCCCCACACAUAUACACACACUUGUACAUUGACGGCGAGUGCAGCCUGGAAACAUGCCGAACCGAAGAUGGGCACCACAAGUCCAACCGGUACCGUUGGUGCUGGACGCUCAAUUGUCGCCACGCAGCCAACCGCUGGCGCUGGUGGUCUGCCAUCACCUCCACCAUCGCUGGCAUCAACAGCAAUAGCAACCGGUAAGCCAGUGCCUGGCUCAACAUUGCGCUGCCUCGAUGACCCCAUCUUCGAUGUGGACAUUGGCCAUUUGGGUGGUGGAGGUGGUGGUGUUGGUGGUGUCAGCGCUGGUGGCGGUGGCAACACUUCGUCAUCGUCCACGUCGACCACCACGGCGGUGACAGCACGCACCACAGCGAACGAUGUGCUAGAAAAGGCUCGUGACCGUUUCGAUCGCUUCUGGGGCGGCAGCAAGGAGGAGCAUGUUUAAGUUGACGCUUGUUCGAAACCAAUUACAAUGAAACAAUGUUCAUUCCAAAUGAAAGACGCUGGUCGAAAUGAUGUUGGUGAUGAUGUUGAUUAUUUUGAUGAAAAUGUAAUUGCUAUUAAAGCAACGUAGGCCGCACUGAGGUUAGAGUUUUGAGGUAGACUGCAUGAAGUUCAGCUGAGAUUUUUAUACUCAACGACAGACAGCCGGUUAGUCAAAUUCAUUAAAUAACUUUUAUAAUAAUUGCAAUAACAACUAAUUACUAUUAAAAUGUGUAACACAAAGUGAAUAUGUAACAACAAAAGCAAAUAUAACAAAUAAGUGAACAGAAAAAUCAGAAACACGAAACAUAAGUGUGAAAAAAACUAGCAUAGAAUAAAACAAACAAGACAAGCAGAUAUGUAAUAAAAGUUUUUAGUGCAAAGUACUUGCAUGAAAGGCAUAGCAAUAAUAUGAAAAUCUAAGUAUGCAGUGUGUCAAACUAAAUACCUUCACACACACACACACACAUACACGCAACCACAUAAACUCUUACUACAGCGCAAAUUACACGCAAGCAAACACUGCGUUAGCGUUGCGCUCUUUAAGGCCACACCAAUUGACACACUCGCGCUAUAAGCCACGACAACAUUAGAAAAUCUAGAUAUUUUAUUAAAUUAACAAAUCAAAUCCUGUCAUAUAUAACUAAAUAGUUUAAUCAAAUGCAUAUGUAUGUGUUGGAAUAGUUCAUUGAAAAAGACACAGGGUGGCAGGAUUUCAAUUCAUAGUUUUUACUAAGUCUACACACAGCUAAAUGAAAGAUGUUUUUAAAUUAAGUGUUUUCCAAUUAAGUCAUAAGCAAAAAACUGUUGAAACACCAAACUGAAGAUACCAAACAAUAAGCUUUGAUGUCGCUUCAUAAGCUUAACUGAUAACUGAUGAUAACUUCAGAUUAUUUCAGCGGUGAAGGACAUUUUGUUGCGAAAGAAUAAAAUUUAUUCUGAGCGAAAGAGUGGACAUUAAUUGUUUAGUAUAUACAGUUUAAAUUUUGAAAUUAACCAGAGCUAUUAGUUGGAAUUUUUUAAGCUUUGUUAAUGAAACUGUUGAGAAUCUUAACAAUUUUCGCCGAUAUUAUCGAACGUUUUUUGAAGGAACAAAAUGAGCAUGAAAAAUAUUACAUAAAAUUUAAAUUAAUUUAUUUAUUAAGUCGUGUUUGCCACUUAAUUCGCGGUAAAUUUCAUUAAGUAAAUUGUAGCAAUUAAAGCUGUUGAUUUCUUUUCGUCGAUAAUUUAGUAGAAUUUAAAAAUAAUUUUUUUUUCAAGAGACUCAAAUGCACUCGACUGAAAGAUACUACGUUAAAUGUGUAUUAAUUUCAUUAAUUAGCAAUUUAAAUUGUAUUGAAAUUGUCAAUUUGUAUUGAAUAAUUAUGAAUAUUAAUCCCUAUGUUUGCGUUUCUUUGAUUUAUUUACAUCAGGUUUAACAAAAUUUCAGUACAACUUUUCUGACAUGCCUGAAUCACCAAAACUAUGUAUAACUACAUACAUAUGUAUACUAUGUAUGUAUAAGUACUACUAGAAAUUUCGGAUAUCGUAGCAAAAACCAACAAAGAGGCUUGACUUCCAAAAUACUGCUUUUAAGAAAUAUUUGUUAAUCAAACUUAGGAAAUAAAGGCAAUUUUAAGGGAAUUUAAAAUUUAUGUGACUGCGCGGUUUACAACUUUUUUUUUCAUGGUAUUACAUAUAACACAAAGGCAUUCAUUUUAAAUAGAUAUGCGUUCAAUUGUUCAUUAUCAUUAUCUUUUAUCAACUUUGGGCAUUUUAUGUGAUGUAGUUUUUAAAUAUUUAUAGAAAAUCCGAAUCUAAGAAUUUCCUUCAGUCAAGGUCUCUUUCAAAUUGAGUUUCUUAUGUACCCAUUCCGAUUAUAUGACAAAUUGCCAGACAGCAGGCGAGUUCGAUAAGAGCAAGCUUUUACUCCGAUUGCAAGCAAUAUAUUUUAAAAAUAGCCACCGUUAUUAGUGGUUAAAUCCUCAAUUGUUAAAACUCUGCAAAGAUUAUUCUUCUAGAAAAUCGUAAAGCGCUCAAUUGGAAAUCAAUUCUAAGGCAUAGAGCCAAAGUUUUCUGAUAUUUUAGUAUUGCUUAGAAGAGUAAUGAUCUUACGUAAUAGUUUAUAAUGAGAUUAACCAUUAACUGAAAAAAGAAAAAUAUUUGAAAAAUACUUGGAAACUGACAUUUUGUUAAAGAGAGUGUAGUUUCUGCAGAGAAUUGUUUCCUCUUCAACAGUUUAUUUCCACGUAGAUAAAAAAAGUAAAAAAGUUGAGUCAUUCCAGAAGAGAAGAUAGGUUCGACAUUAUUAAAAUUUUUAAUCGAAAUUUCAGAUUCAAGUUCGAAAAAUCCACUCAUUGUUCUUAUUAAGUGUGAAAUUUAUACAAAAACUCUUUGUGAUUAAUUUUUCGUAAAUCAACACCCAUGAAGCAGAAAAUUUUAUUUUUUUGUUAAACUUCAGGCGUGCAGUAAAAUGGAAACUGAAAACUAACUAAAUGUUUGGGGAAUAUAAACUCAGCAUAUAUAUGUAUAUUUAGAAAAUGUGUUCAAUUGUCUAAGAACUCAUUAAUAAUAAGCUCAAUACGCAUGUACUUAUAUAUGUAUGACUCUAAAAUAGUUGUCUUUAAUUUAUAAUAUUUUUGGUAAAUUAAUUAAAUGUAUGCCAAUGCGAAAUAUUUCUUUUGCAGCUUAAGACAAAUAUAAAGACAAAUUGAAUUUGUGCGCAAAACAAGGAAGUUUUUAUUGUUAGUUAGAGAAGCAAGAGAGUAGGAAGACGUAAUUAUUGAGAGGCUUUAUUUUAAGUUUGAACUAACUCGAUUUUUGUUUUUUAUAGAGAAGAAUUAGUAAACAUUUAGAUAAUUUUUAUAUUAUUUUGUAGCCAUAUUAUU